AUGACUCUUUCGCUACUUCUAACCAUUCUUGUUCUCGGUGAACUGCCAGGUUCCUACUGCACCGUGACCACUGUAGGAGACCUGGCUGUGCUGGAGGGUCAGUCCGUCACUGUCCCGUGUCACUAUAACCCGCAGUAUAUCAGCCAUGUGAAGUACUGGUGCAACGGCUGGACGAAGGACUUCUGCUCCAGCCUGGCACGCACCGAUGACCCCACAUCAGCCCCUAACGCCAGGGGAAGGGUGACGAUCGCGGAUGACCCCUCGCAGCAUGUGUUCACCGUGAGCAUGCAGGACCUGACGGUGGGGGAUUCGGGGUGGUACCGGUGUGGGGUGGAGCUCGGAGGGAUCUGGGUUGCUGACAGCACUGCCUCCCUUUAUAUCAGCGUCAUUCAAGGUGUGUCAGUGGUGAGCAGUAUGGUGAGUGCAGAUGAAGGCAGUAGUGUCACUGUUCAGUGUCUCUAUAGUAAGAACCUCAGGUCCAGUGAGAAGCAGUGGUGUCGCAGUGGGAACUGGAAGUCCUGCAUGGUGACGGAUUCUGAAGGAACAUUCAGCAGUAGAAACGUGCUCAUCCACGAUGACAAGAACAGCAUGUUCACUGUGACACUAACACAGCUGGAGAUGAGAGACUCGGGCUGGUACUGGUGUGGUUCCGGUCAGAAGAACGGGCUUGUUCAUGUGUUAGUUACACCACAAGCCACAACACGGGCCACAGUGUCUCCUGUCCAGUAUCUGGAGACAACAGUCCGGGCUCCGUCUGUAAUGGGCACAAAUGACCCUCACAGUCGUCCUGUUUGGGAGUCUCCUCUCGUGGUGUGUGGGGUAGUACUUCUGGUCAUGACUGUGUCUCUGGCACUUUGGAAGUUGCGGAAACAGUAUAAGAAAAAGCAGAAGCAUCAAAGGACAACGAUAAUCGGACAAACGAACGAGAAUCUCACAAUGUGUCCAUGGACAGAAGGAGACCAAGAACACAUCAGUGAUUUUCCUAAACACACCAGCUCAGCAGGUCCAAAUGCUCUAACAGGAGCCUUAUGGGAAACAACUCAUGGACAUUCUGAUGAUGGAGAAUUUAAAUUUCUUCGCUCAGGUCCUGAAUGCACAACAGGAUCAGCAAGCAGAGAGUUAACGGUUCAGACUGGAGGAUCUGUCGUUAUUCCAUGUUAUUAUGACAGGAAACACACAGAACACAAGAAAUACUGGUGCUUUCAUGCAAAAUCGGCAUUUAAUUACUGCUCUAUUCUGGCAUAUGCUAAUGAAACCAAAGGAAAAGUGUCAGUAAUGGAUCAUCCAGAUCAGAGUUUCUUUACUGUGACUAUGAGAAACCUGCAGCGUGAAGACACUGGAUCUUACUGGUGUGUUGAGGAGAUUGGAGGAAUAUUUCAAAAAGAUGAAACAGAGCAGCUUCAUCUCACAGUUCAAUCAGCUCCUGAUGUGUCUGUGAAGAACAGCAGUGUAUCUGGACAUGAAGGUGAUAAUGUCAGUGUCCAGUGUUUCUACACUUCUGGAUAUCAGAAUAAACUCAAACAGUGGUGCAGAAUUAAAGACCAGAGCUGUUACACAGUGGGGAGGAAUGACACAUCCCAGAAUUCAUCAGUCCAGAUCAGUGAUGACGGGAGAAGCUCCUUCACUGUGUUGAUGACUGGACUGAGACUCAGUGAUUCUGGAUGGUACUUCUGCUCUGCUGGAGAUCAACAGGUUUCUGUUCAACUCACGGUCACUGCAGUUGUGACCACAGAAGAAUUUAACAAAAAUAGCAACAACAAUCCAACAUCAAGCACUGAAGAUCAGCAGAAUAAGCAUUAUGGGUAUCUGGAGGUGUGGAUUCCGACGGUCGUGUUGUUUCUGCUGUUGGUGACUGUCGUGUCAGCUGUAAAACUGAGAAAGAAGAACAACAUAAAUAACACCAACAUUACAGAGGUGAACCGAGAUGGAGACAGUGACGCAGGAAACGGUGUCUGUUCAUCAUCAGCGGUUGCAGAGAAUGACGUGACUUACAGCUCUGUGACAGUACGACCUAAAACUAAAGCAUUUAGCCCAGUAUCAGUGGAGGACGAGGUGACCUACAGCUCUGUGCACAAACAGUGAGAAGUUACAGGUGCAUGUUCCUGAGCAAAUAUGAACACACCAACUUGAAACAAGCUAACAUUUUCCAUGCAUCAUUACAAUGCAAAGCAAGCAAAGUCUCAAUUCAUGAUAAAAUGAUAUUAAUAUAACUAUAUCAUGCUUUAUAAUGUACAGUCACUUGUGGUGGCACAAUGUAAAUACAUGUUAAUGCAACUUGUCUAUAAAAAUUCAGUUAAAGGAUUUCACCGUAAGCGUUAUUUAGGAAUAGGUGUGUAAAUUGUUCAUUGUAAAAAGCAUAAAGCAUUCAUAAUAUAUUUGCAAAUUUGUAAUGUGCUUGCUUUAAGUGUGACAAUAAAAUAAACAAAACUUUGGCAUAUUA